AAAAGACGGGACUUCUCCUGAAGCCCUCACUAAAGUUUUCAAAGCGCAAAAACCCUCCUCACUCGCAGCCAGGCAGCCCUCCCUCUCUCCAAUCCAUUACCGAAGCUUAUAGAGGUGAUACAGCCUUGGCAACGCAGGCACAAGGCACCGCUGCGCAAGAAAAGAGCAAUCCAGGACGCGGGAUAUUCUGUCUGCAGCCUCCUAAAACCAAAAAUGAAACCUCAGUUAUUUGUUCUAGAUCUGAUAUUUCUGUGCAUAUCUUGCGGAGCAAGUGCAUUGGCAACGACUAUUCCUACUGUGUCCACGUCCUCGCCAGCAGCCACCAAUUUCACCAAUCUUGGUGCAGCGCACAGCUAUGGAACAGACUCCACGACUAUUUCUAAAACCAGGAGGAAGCGUUAUAUUAGUCAGAAUGACAUGCUUGCCAUUCUUGAUUACCAUAAUAAAGUGAGAGGGAAAGUGUUCCCCCCAGCAUCCAAUAUGGAAUACAUGGUGUGGGAUGACACUCUAGCUAAGACGGCUGAGGACUGGGCUCAUGCCUGCCUGUGGGAGCAUGGGCCACCUCACCUCCUCAGGUUCCUGGGUCAAAACCUCUCUGUCAGGACAGGACGCUAUCGAUCCAUUCUUCAGCUGGUGAAGCCAUGGUAUGAUGAGGUCAAAGACUACUCUUUUCCAUAUCCCCGUGACUGCAACCCUCGAUGCCCUCUCAGAUGCUAUGGACCCAUGUGUACCCAUUAUACACAGAUGGUGUGGGCCACAUCCAAUAAAGUUGGCUGUGCUGUUCACACAUGCCACAAUAUGAAUGUAUGGGGUGCAGUAUGGAAGCGGGCAACAUAUUUAGUUUGCAACUAUUCACCUAAGGGUAACUGGAUCGGAGAGGCGCCCUACAAAGUAGGCGUGCCCUGCUCUGCCUGCCCCCCCAGCUACGGGGGCUCCUGCAGCAACAACAUGUGCUUCCCCGCUCUCAAGACGAACUACCUGCACUGGUUCAAAUAAACACAGGUUUCCUCCUGACAUAAGCUGACAACCUACAGUACCACAGAGACAUUACUUUAAUCCCGUAAGGAUUUGCACAACAGUCGUGGACCACACUAUUUUGUAUAUAUGGGCUUAUUUAAAGACACAAACACACAUUUGAAGGCAGCAGACAAUUAAGCGUUGAUGACUUGUAAAUAAACUGUAAAUUAAUUUGUUACUAUUUUAAUUGAUGAAAUAUAAUUUAUAUGUAAAAUGGGUCCUUAAACACAGUUCAUACUGUAUGUGAUGCUGCAUACACUUUUGUUUUUACUAUGUUUGUUUACCAUUGACAAUGUGGUAAUUAAGGACAUAACACCAUCAUAGCUGCUCAUACCUGCUCACAUUGGUGCUACAGGCAUCACACCCUCAUGUUGUGUGCUCUGCCUUCACAGGAAUGUUGUGAUAUACAGAUCAAAGCUUUUGACCUCAGAGGGAGAACCUACACUGGCGGUGUCAGCUUCGUAGCUGCUGUUGACCCCGCAGUAGGUUACAAACGUUGUACUCGAGUCUAUUGCAGUUUCCAUUUCUAUCUUACAACAAAUUGGCAAAAAGUUUGUUGACAAAAGUGCACUUACUGUAAUCCAAAAGCAUGUAAUAGCUAUAUACAAAAUGAAUAUACAUCAAUGAGACAGGGACGUCUUCAUUUCACACACCUCUGUUGUCAAAAGUUUGUUUCUUCAUUCACACAGUGCAUUUGCAGUUUUAAUCUGCACUGAUGAGGUUGUGUUUAAUUUCAUCCUUUGGGGUAUUUCACAGGCUUCAUUCACACUUCUAACUCACUCUUAAUAUUUAUGCUAGAGAGAGCACAUACAAUAAAUAUGACCCACAUAUCUGUUCUAUAAUCGUAUUCGCUAUAGUGUAUAUUGGUACAUGUGUAUACCAGUAUAUAUAAAUGUCAUGGGAUAUUGGACAAAUGCAGUGUUUGUAUGUUGAAAUGAUCUUUUCACUGAUGUUGUAGCUAGGUUUUGGAGUUAGGCACUCAAGUGCACCUUAAUUGAUUGUAAAUUUCCAAAAUAGCAGGAAAUUAUUAUUUUUUUGUACAUGUAGAUAAUCAUUACACCUUGACUAUCCUUAAACUUCAAGUAUUCUAUAAGUUAUUCAUUUUUAUAUGGGAAAAUAUUUAAUUGAUAUUAAUUUUUUGUAUUGUUUUGUAAAAGGAUUGUACAUAUAUGUAUACAAUUUAAAGGUACUGAAUAAUGGUUCAUUUGCAUGUCAACAUUUAUAAUGGUGAAGGAAAUUUACCACAAUGUAAAUGAACUGGGUAGAAUUAUAUGAAUUAAGCACUAGCGCAAUAUUGGUAAGUAAAUGCUUCAACUCUUUUGACUUGGCAAGUGGAUCAAAAUUCCCUUUUAAAUCGGGACAGUUUCUCAAUACUAUCCAACACUGAGAAGUACUUAAGCACAUAUCUGCAGUGUAAUGAAAACAUAUUCAAGAAGACACACAAAGUUGACUUUUAGUGGGAAAUAAUCCAUUACAAGACUAAAUAUAACAUUUUCCGCACUGACUGUAUUUAAAUCAACAUCAACAACAAGCUAUUUAUGCAGUGAACUGCGUUUUUCUUGUUGUGUUUUGUAUUUGUAAUAAAAUUGUCUAUUUUGAA